CUUCAGGCCGGCGUACCCUGCUCAGCUCUUGGGGGAAUAAGAAGUUUAUCGGGGAGGGACUGAGCAGAUUAAGGGAGUAGUAGAGCAGCGGCCGGGUCGAGAGGGUGGGAACCACCACCUCCUCGACCGCCUUCCGGCCAGAAAGGCGGUUCGCAAAGACCGGUGCGACAGACAGAGGUGGCCCUGAAGUGUCCAGAGAGCCCGAGCGGUGAUGGUCACUGAGUAAGUGACACCGGUCAGAGCCCGGCCAGUUUAUGCACGACAGGGAUGCUAGCAUUUAGGAAGGCAAGGAGGAAACUCAGGAUGGGGACCAUUUGCUCCCCCAACCCCAGCGGGACAAAGACAGCGCUGGAAGUCUGCAACGCCGACUGGAUGGCCUCGCUCCCCCGUCGCCUCCACAACGUCCCCCUUUCCAAUCUGGCAAUCCCAGGCUCCCAUGAUUCAUUCAGCUACUGGGUAGAUGAAAAGUCCCCCGUGGGGCCCGACCAGACCCCAGCUAUCAAACGCCUGGCCAGGAUCUCCUUGGUGAAGAAGCUCAUGAAGAAAUGGUCUGUGACUCAGAACCUGACCUUUCGAGAGCAGCUGGAAGCUGGAAUCCGCUACUUUGACUUGCGUGUGUCUUCUAAGCCAGGGGACGCUGACCAGGAGAUUUACUUCAUCCAUGGGCUUUUUGGGAUCAAAGUCUGGGAUGGGCUGAUGGAAAUAGAUUCAUUCCUUACACAGCACCCCCAAGAGAUCAUCUUCCUGGAUUUCAACCACUUCUACGCCAUGGAUGAAGCCCACCACAAAUGCCUGGUUCUCCGGAUCCAGGAGGCAUUUGGAAGCAAGCUGUGCCCAGCCUGCAGUGUGGAAAGUCUGACUCUGCAGUCCAUGUGGGAGAAGAAGUACCAGGUUCUUAUUUUCUACCACUAUCCCUUGUACAAGCAUUAUUCCUUCCUGUGGCCUGGAAAGAAAAUUCCUGCACCCUGGGCAAACACCACGAGUGUGCGCAAACUAAUCCUCUUCCUGGAGACCACGCUGAGCGAGCGAGCCCCGCAGGGCUCCUUCCACGUCUCCCAGGCCAUUCUCACUCCCCGAGUGAAGACCAUCGCCAGAGGCCUGGUUGGUGGCCUCAAAAACACUCUGGUUCACAGAAAUCUUCCUGCAAUCCUGGACUGGGUGAAAAUUCAGAAACCUGGAGCCAUGGGUGUCAACAUCAUCACGUCUGACUUCGUGGACCUGGUGGACUUUGCCACAACUGUUAUUGAGUUGAAUGACCUUCUACAAGAGGACAGAUCAUUGGCUAAAUGUUGAUUUAGUUUUUUGUUUAACUUAAUGUUGAAGUUGUUGAUUCAGGGUAGAGUUCUGAAGGGUUUCCUGUUAGGAUGGCCCCUAGUCACUGAUGGUGAAGUGAAUAAGGAGGAUAAGGGCUUUUUCUUUUCCUUCCUCGCAGGGC